GUAUAACUAAUAAUAUUAGAAGCAAAGAAGAUUUUCUAAGCUUAUAUUUUUUAAUACUAAUGUCGUAUUUGCUCUAAUGGCUGCGAUUUCGAAUAAUGACAUUGUGAGAAAUUGAUUUUAACAAGAUAUUGCUUUCCUUUGACACGGACGCAGAAAGGACUAUAUUGAUUAUGGCAACAGUGUCAGUCGAAGAAGUAAGUAAUGAGAUAUCCAAAUCUUGUGAUUUACUUUGUAGCUAGCUGCAUAGCUAUCAAAACUGAAAAGUUUAGCUAGCUAAACUGUCCUGUCUGAUCCCCCACUUUUUUGUUAUUUUAUAGAUCUGCCAAUUUCUGAUUAAAAGAGGUGUGGACAAUCCUACAGUAGAUACUUUGAGAACCAACAAGAUGGAUGGUGAAGCUAUCAAUGCAUCCACUGACAAAAUGAUGAAAUCAAUGGGUUUGACAGCAUUAGGAGAUAUCCUUGCCGUCAGAGCUUAUACAAAACAUGGUAAAGCCAAAUUAUCUGACUGUGAAAAAGAUAAAGUUAAGGCUGAAUUAGCUGCUGCCAUUAGAAAUGGUCAUGCAAUGGAGAAACCAAAUAAACUUUCAUUUACUGUAAAUGUUGGUUCGCAGAACUUUAAUGAGAGAUUAAAAAAAUAUUCUUAUGUGAAAUGUACUGGUGGAUCUAGAAAACUUUCCUUACCUGGGGACAUUACUAUGAGUGGUAUAAAAGAACAAUUGCAUAAAACCUUUUUUCCAAAGGAUAACAAUCCAGUUUUGGGUUCAUUGUCACUGUUUGAAACAUAUCUUGGUAGUUUCUCUGGUGACAAGCUAAGUGAUGAUUUGACAUUAGAGAGUUAUGUUGAAGAACAUAAUCUGAAACAUAUUCGCAUUUAUCUCAAAAUAAAAAAGAAAUCCAUUUUGUCCAGUUUGUUCACAAAGUUAAAGAGCAAUAUCUUUGAGGAUGACCAAGACGACGAUGUUUUAUUUGAAAGUCCUUUCAAUACUCAUAAAGUUGCUAAUAUUAAUUUAGUUGGUGAUGAAGAUAAUAACCGUCCUAUUCUGUUAGGUUCAUCCGUAGAACGCAAAAGAUUGAGAGAUGAAAUUGAUGAAGCUUAUAAUACGUCACUAGAGGCCGAUAAAAAGAAAAGUGAUGGUAAAAACGAAAAUAAACAACUACAAUCAUUUUUAAAUGAAACUAAAGAAAUAGAGGAUACUGUAGCUGUAAAAGAACGUCGAUUAAUUGAUAUUAUGAACAUAAGAAAGAAUCGAGUCAUGCCAGAACCUGAUCUUAGUGAGGCACAUGUCACAAUAUCCAUACGCCAUCCUGUUAUAGGAAAUAAAGCACGUCUAUUUCAUGAUACUGCUAAAUUUACUCAGGUGUAUGAUUGGGUUGGAGGACUAUCUUUACAGCCAGAACAUUUUACCUUAAUCAAUUUUGAUCGACACAAAGUUUCUCCAGAUGAAAAAGUAUUCUCUGGCAUAUUUAAUGUUAAUGAAGAGGAAACACCAACACCUAUGACACCAGGUGGAACAGUUGGGUUUCGUGGUUAUGCUACAAUCACUGUAUCAGAUGAUGACGAUGUUGUUCCACCACCUGUUGCUGAACAAAAGAAUUAUGUGAAUGAUAAUCUUGUUGAAAAUAGGAAUCUUCAGUCAGAAAUGUUGUUGGAAUACAAAUCUGGUGAAUCUAAAAAAAAAUUUGAUAGCCUGCAAGACUUUUGUGCAAAUGAACUAUCAAAGCUAAAUAACUCUACUUUGUAUUUUGAUAUUUCCAGAGAUAAUGUGUACCAAGAGUUAAUUGAUAUUUACAAAAAGCGUGGAACUAUUUCACAUAAAGCUACAUUUAGAUUUAGUGGCGAGGAAGCUUAUGGAGAUGGUGUUACAAAGGAUUGUUAUGCUGAGUUUUAUAAAAAACUUUUUGAGAAAAUGGACGGUGUUAUGGAAAAAGUACCACUUGAUGACUGUGUUGAUGAAGAGGAGUUGGAAAUAAUUGGAAGUAUUGUAAACCAUGCUUUCAUUCAGUAUGCUAUUUUCCCUUUGCAACUGUGUAAAAGCACUGUGAAGAAACUUUUGUUUGAUCGUGUUGAUAAACAACAAUUACUAUGUUCCUUUCUCAAUUUUGUCAAACCAUAUGAGACAGAAACAAUAUUGCGAUUUUCCAAAGAAGAAGAGACAAGUGAUCAACCUAUAGUCGACGUCCUUUACAGUUAUAACGUUUUCGAUAAGCCAAAAACAAAUAACGUAUUGGCAUUAUGUUUGAAAGCUGCGAACACUGCUUUGAUAAACAGACCAUAUCUACCAAUGAAAUAUAUUGUUAAAGGUAUGGGGUCAUUUUGGCAGAAAUUGAGUGAAAGUAUGAUUGAUUCACUUUAUUCAACUUGUACUCCAACUGCAGAAUCACUAAUUGAACAGAUUUUUUUUAAUGAAACAUGCCCACAGGGCCGAAUAAUCAGCACAUAUCUUAAUCGCUAUAUUAGAAGUUGUACAAAAUCAGAGUUGCUUUUAUUGGUUGGAUUUAUAACAGGAUCGUCAAGUUUGUUACCUACGUCUUCAAUAAAAGUUGAAUUUGUUGAUCAGAAUCCAAAAUGCUUGUAUCCUCUAGCGAAAACAUGCUUCAAAAUUUUAAUCCUACCACGUCAAUUUCAAUCAUUUACGCAAUUUCAAACCAGUUUGAAUGUCCAUUUCAACAGCAAUGACCAUUGGUCUGUGUAUGAUGGUUUAAGUAUUCUUGAUUGAUUUUGAAUUUCAUACUUUUUGGAUACACUCUGUUUAUGUGAACACACUUUUUGUUCUUAUUGAGACAAUAUCUUUUUAGUCUUUUACGAAUCUUUUUGUUAACUUACGGAAAAGAGUA